AUGCCUAAAAACAAAGGAAAGGGAGGUAAAAAUCGAAGGAGAGGUAAAAAUGAGAAUGAAAAUGAGAAACGUGAGUUGAUCUUCAAAGAAGAGGGACAGGAAUAUGGACAGGUGACAAAAAUGUUGGGAAAUGGACGUCUGGAAGCCAUGUGUUUUGAUGGUGUCAAGAGAUUGUGUCACAUUCGAGGCAAAUUGCGCAAGAAGGUGUGGAUCAACGGUGGAGACAUCAUCUUGCUAGGGCUGAGGGACUACCAGGACACAAAAGCUGAUGUCAUCCUGAAGUACACAGCUGAUGAAGCUCGUAACUUGAAGGCUUACGGGGAGUUGCCAGAUUCAG